GAAGCAUCAACAUGGGCGUGCCGCUGCUGCAAGACGCGGCCCCGGCGCUUGCGGUCGCCGUUGUGUCGCUGGUCUUGUACGUCGGCUUCCGCGCACCGUCCGUGCGCGUCCUCUUCUUCAGCGCCAUGGCCUACAUCAAGGGCGUGCCCAUUGUGUGGAUCGACGCACCAGCGCUCGCGGCGAAAGCACUCAAAGCCUCGUCGUCCAAAGGCAUCUUUCUCGAGCGCAUCUUGUCCGAGCCCGCAUGGCUGCCUGUGAUCUCCCUCGAGUCGGUCGAUGAUCCGUUGUGGAGCAGCAUGAAGAACAAUCUGACGUUGCUCUUGAAGGCGCUGCCAUCGGCUUCGGCACUCGAAAGCAUCACAGCACGCAUCACCGACACGUACCUCGCCGAGCACGAGAUUCUGGACUCGAACAGCGUCGUGUACAUAACGGUCGCUGCGUUCUACGAGUGGAUCUUUGCCAAGGCGUUCCCAGACGACGCGAAUUUUGUGUGCGACUCGACGUGGGAGUGGCGCAAGGAGCUAGCGCUCAAGGGCAAGGCCAAUGUCGCGCUCAAGCAACGCGUUGUCGACUGGAUCAUUGGCGAAGUCAAGGCAACGCCGGCGAUCUACAAUCUAUUUGGUGCCAAGUGGGAAGAGCCGGCGUACUUUUCGCUCUUGCUGCAACCCUUCUUCCUCUCGCCCGCAAUCAACGUCUCGGACGUCGCCGUCACCAUGGGCUCGCUCGUGCACUGUCACGGUCUCGUCGAUGAGAGCAUCUCGGAUCUGAUCAACAAGGCGCUCGACAUGGCGCAUCCGUUUGUGAUUGUCGAGCGCUUCCUCGAGCACGGCCUUGCGGCGGACGACGUUACGAUUGCACCGGGGACUCACGUCUUUAUCCCGAUGGACAUUAUGACAAGCGACAACACCAUUCGGUUCGGCGCCGGUGCACGCAAGUGCCCGGGCCAACACCAAGGCAUGGCGCUCAUGCUUGGCCUCUUUCAGCGACAUGUGCUCCUGAGCCCCAAGUUCCAGCCGGCACUCCACCACAAGUACUCGGGGCGCGACCAAGACGGUCAAGAAACACUGCCCGAGCUGCUGUAUCAAGUCGCUUUGAUCGUGUCUGUCUUUUGGACGGCGCUCAAGCACCGCUUUUUAUAAUUUUUCAAGGAACGAGAAGCACCGCAUGGUGCCACGUUAUCCGUAUAUGCGAUCUGGCGACUGGUCACGUCACCUAUACUGCCACACUUCUCAAAGCUGUUUGGCCUAUCUUGCGCGUGGUUUGGCCGUACAAGAGUUCUAAAGAUCUAUCUGUGGUUUUGCGUGGA